GUUCAACCGGAAGUGAUUUGAAUAUUAAUGAGUUUGCAAGGCUAAGUAAAGAAGGCAAGAUGGCUGAAGGACAAGCAGAUAUCGCUUUGAUUGGGCUUGCUGUGAUGGGCCAAAACCUGAUUUUAAACAUGAACGACCAUGGUUUUAUCGUUUGUGCAUACAACAGAACAGUUGAAAAAGUUGACAGAUUUCUUGCAAAUGAAGCAAAAGGAACAAAAGUGAUUGGAGCUCAUUCCUUGCAAGAGAUGGUCUCAAAACUGAAAAAGCCAAGAAGAGUGAUGUUGCUUGUGAAGGCUGGUAGUGCUGUCGAUAAUUUUAUUGAAAAUCUGGUACCUCUUCUUGWACCUGGUGAUAUCAUUAUUGAUGGAGGAAACUCAGAAUACAAGGAUUCUAUAGUAAGAAUUUCUGCUUUUGAAUCCUUGUCUUAUUUUUUCAUGAUAAGUUACUGGUAG